AGUGUCUGAUGGGACUGAAAUUCGUGACCCUCCUUCCUCCCGAGUAGAGAUAGAGCUCCGUCCGCAAGUUCGGCGCUGUUCUCUUGAUUAGGAAAGACCUCAACCCACUGGAAAGUUUUGCUCACGGUCGAUCUCAUGUUUCUUUUUCUCUCUGAUUUGUUUCAUCUUUACCGCUUUGUAGGUUUUCUUGGUUUCUCUUCUUUUUUCCGUUUCGGCAUUUCAAGACUGGGAGGGGGAAUUCCGGGCCCUCAAUGUCAAAGUGGAUAUGGUGUGGAGUGGUCAAUAAAAUUGUGCAGUGGUGCACCUAGAUCCUGGAAGUCUACGCGUUGCAUGCGAAAUUCGCAUCAUUCUCUUAUGUCUUUUCUUUCUUGUUCACUUCCCUUUAUAUUUUUGUUUUUUACCCCUCCACUUCUGUGGUUUCCAUUCUGGUGGUUCGGUGUUUGUUUCAAACCACUCCAAAACUCCAACAAUCGUGAACGGCAAGGUUACAACUAUAUCACUCAAUACCAACCUACCGUGUGCCAGAGUCCCCGGAGGACGUCCAAAGUCCAGACCAUAUUCCAGCUCAAGCCCCUGUAAAACCUAGGGAAGGGAGAACGCUCCCGCAGCAGCCAGACAGAUGCACGGCAGUGGACUCAGGUUUCUCAGUCGAUGGUAAAACAAUCAGCUAGCGGGGGAGAACCCUUGAAUAAUAGUGGAAUAGAACAAUAAGGUAUCGAGCUAGAACGAGCUCUCCACUGCCACGGGUCUGCUUACCAGCGAAUAAGGGACCACGGCACAAGCAAAAGGGACCCAC